CAAAAGACGACAACCCGAUCCGUACAUAAAUCCCACCAACGAACCACCUGUCCUCGACCAUCACCCUUACCUGCUCCCUCGAUAUCGAGACAAAUUUACCUAGACAAGAUAUUCGAGAGACAGCCAUAACCCUGCCAACAUGAGGCCCAUUCUCCUUGCGGGCCACGAACGUGCCCUCACACAAAUCAGAUACAACCGUGAUGGCGACAUCAUCUUCUCUACCGCCAAGGAUCAACAUAUCUGCGCCUGGUUCUCCCACAAUGGCGAGCGCAUGGGUACAUACCACGGCCAUCAGGGUGCCAUCUGGACCGUCGACGUCGACCCGACCUCUACUGUCAUCGCGUCAGGCUCCGCUGACAACACCAUCAAGCUGUGGGAGGUCCAGACCGGCAAGUGCCUGAUGACCUGGGACUUCCCCACCGCCGUCAAGCGCGUCGAGUUCUCCGAGGACGGCACCAAGCUGCUGGGCGUCACCGAGAAGCGCAUGGGCCAUCUGGGCACCAUCGUCGUGCUCGACGUCAACUGCGAUCCGACCGCCGAGCAGAACCCUGAGAAGGUCCUAACUAUCGUCUGCGACGAGAGCAAGGCCACCGUUGCCGGCUGGAGCUACCUGUCCAAGUACAUCAUCGCCGGCCACGAGGACGGCUCCGUCAGCCAGUACGACGGCAAGAACGGCGACCUCAUCUACAACAUCCCCGUCCACGAGCUCGGCUGCCAGGUUACGGACCUGCAGUGGAACCCAGACAGGACCUACCUCAUCACCGCAAGCAAGGACAAGACCGCCAAGCUCAUCAGCGCCCGUGACCUCGAGGUGCUCAAGACCUACCCCGCAGACACCCCUCUGAACAGCGCCGCCAUCACUCCCAAGAAGGACUUUGUCAUCCUCGGUGGUGGCCAGGCUGCCAUGGACGUCACCACCACCUCUGCGAGGCAGGGUAAGUUCGAGGCCAGGUUCUACCACAAGGUCUUUGAGGAGGAGGUUGGACGUGUCCGUGGACAUUUCGGUCCUUUGAACACCGUCGCAGCAGACCCCACCGGCAAGGGCUACGCAUCCGGAGGAGAGGACGGUUACGUGCGCGUGCACCACUUUGACAAGGGCUAUUUCGACUUCCUGUACGAAGCCGAGAGGGAACAGCUCAACAAGCUGUCGUGAUCUCUUAGAUACUGCGCAAUGGGGAAUUGGCGGGGAAGGGAAGAAGAAGAGGAAGAGAUUUCCUUGUCAAAAUUUCAGGGGCAUAGAAAUCAGGCGUUCUCGGCAAAAAAACUAUUGCAGGUUCACGGGAUGGGAUUGCGAAUGUUAGGAUUUGAUAUCAUGAACCAGAAGUUGAUUCAAAGUCAUCUAAUGAGCAUCCUGAUACCGGAGCUGAUUGUGCUUGGUCAACAGAAACGAGGCAUGUAGGCUGGGGAGGGGGGAUCAGGCUUUGGGGGUAAGAGGUGAAACGAGAGCAGAUGGAGGCCGCGGCGGUUGGCAAGAGACGCGCGAGAUUUCCGCCGCGGACCACAAGGAAUCAGGCCUUCUUAAGGACAGGCCGUUCGGGUUGCAGAAGCAAGUUUAUGAUAACAAGUCAUUUCUCUGUCUUC